AUGUCUCCUAAGUCCCACCAGCACGGGGACUGUGUCUCGGCAUCGCAUGACUCUUUAACUACUACCACCUCUUUGUUCUUCUCAUCUUUAAUGGUGGACGCCAAUUUGUUGAAUGCCGUGCCAACCUUUUCGCGUGACUCCUGGAGAGCACUGACCACUGAUAGCAACUCCAUUAUCGUAGCCUUGGCAUCGUCACUACGCAGCUUAGAUAAUGCAGCUUCGAGGGCUUUGGCUUUGGUUCCAAGCAAGGAGAUCCCGCCAUCGUACAGGAUGGUCUAUCGCGCCCAGAGCCUUCACCGUCGAAUAUAA